AUGACACUCGCUCUUUCUCUCGCCGAGGAAGCGGACGCUGAUCGCAUCGCCGAUAUCCACAUGGCUGCAUUUGGCACCAACUUAAUGCUUCGAGCCCAGUUCCCAACCCCUUCUGUCCGUGACAAGUUGAGAGUGUCCCUUGCAGAAAAGGUGAUCAAUGAGAUCAGGGAUCCAAAAUGGGAGAUCCUCAUUGUACGAGACGAAAAGGAGAUAGUCAGUUUUGCGAAAUGGAGGCGUCCAAUUCUUGAGUCAGAGGUAUAUGUCGAGUCACCCUGGAAUUGGCCAGAUGGGACAAGACUAGAUGUUUUGGAAGACUGGACUAGGAUAGUCGAAGACGCGAGUGAAAAAGUGCUGUGUGGGAAGCCCUGCUACUGCCUAAGUUUUAUUGGCACAGAUCCUAAACACGAACGACGUGGUGCAGCCUCUAUUCUAAUACAAUGGGGUCUCGAAUACAGCAAGCGUGACAAUAUCCCAGUCGCUCUGGAGAGUACCCAAGUUGCGUGGCCAUUGUACCAAAAACUCGGCUUUCGUGCCGAAAAGGAUAUAUCUAUGGUUCUGGAGGGACUUGGAGCUGAUGGUAAACCAAUCAUUUACGAGGAGAAAUCUCUCAUCUUUAGACCUUCUGUGGAAUAG